UCGAGUCGUGUUCUCUGUGGAACCCUAGCGGGCGAUUUUGUCGAUUGAGAGUCAAUCUCAUAUUCUUCUUCUCCGUCUGGUCUUGACGAUUUCGCCGUGUCUUCUGAGUGUCGAUCUCCUUCCGGUCUCGGUCUCUCUCGAACCCUACACGGCGAUUUUGACGAAUCCGCCGCCGUUCUCAUCUUCUUCUUCUCCGUCUGGUCUUGCCGAGUUCGCCGUUCUUUCUGACCUUCAAUCUCCUUCCGGUGUGUCUCCUCCUCAUCACCAUGUUGUAGAUCUACUAAAGAUUCAUCAUCGAGGGUAUCUUCGAAGAUCUCUCACCUUCCCAAAAUCGAUUCAAGCGAGGUUUGAAGGUGAGUCUGAAGGUUGCAAAGACGGAUUCCGAUCAUAAUCAGGAUCUUAAGUACAAAGUUAGAGGUGAUCAAUGGGGCACGACUACAGCUACUCACAGGAUUCCGAGAGUGACCACUACACAGAAGACACCGUGGAUAGGGAGACAGACGCUUACAUUGUCAUGGAUGAAGCUAAUAGUGCAUUUAACUUAGCUCGCAGGAUUGAAGAGGAGAUUGAGAUUGGGUUCCCUACAAAGUGUUACUGUGGAGGCCAGCCUCUGCUUCAUACAUCUUACACAAGGAAUGACCCGGGUAGAAAGUACUUCACUUGUGAAAAUGUAGAAGAUGGAGAGAUGCAUGUACACAAAUGGUGGGAUGUAGCUGUCAUGGAAGAAAUGAGAGAAAGAGCGAGACAGCAUAAAGAAACAGAGAGUAUACUUGAAGAGAAGCUUCUGAAUCUUCACCAGGACAUGUUAGACUUGCAGAGUAGGAGACUAAACUUUAACAUGGUUGUUGGUGUAAUGUGUGUUAUUAUAUCAAUGGUAUCAAUGGUUGUCAUAUGGUGCCAGUGAUGAUCGAGACUUUAAAUUUUUAGUACCGACAUGUAACUUUGAUUAUUGUAAUCACAAGUCUAAUAGUAUUGUUGUUUUUUUAUUCACAAGUUCAAACUAUUGUUGGUUUUCAGUUGUUCAGAACUUUAUAAUAUUGUCGUAUUGAUGUUCA